CAAGUACCUACAGUUUGAAGCCGGAAGCUGAGGGAACACGUAUCCUGUAGGAACCGGAUGUAAUAAUUGGAAGUCACAUUGGAGGUGGCGAAAGCUUUUUUGGUUUACACCGGCUGGGAAACGAAGCCUACAUAUAUAUUCCUGAUGACGUCAAAGGAUAACAGUGGACAAUGUUAAUGUCAAGGGUAGUCCCUCGCCUCAGUCUCCUAUGCCGAGUGUCUGGCACACUUCAGGUACAAGGACAACUACAUAGUGGAUCUGUUCCUGUCCUUGCUGCCUGCUGCCCCUUCUUAAAUGGUAAACUCAGAAACUACUCAACUGCAGCAGACAACACACAGCCUCCGCGAUGGGUCCAGCUUGAGCCAGAACUGGAAGAGGCACUUGUGCCUCGUAAAAUGUCUGUGAGCCCUCUUGAAAGCUGGCUCUCCCUGCGGUACUGUCUUCCUCCCCUGAUUGAAGCUCCCCAGACCCUGGAAGAUGGGGAGCUAACGGGGGAGACCAAAGUACUCCCUCCCUUGACAGUUCCUUUUCUGGAUAAUGGGGAGAACUCAACUCCUCUAAACUGUAAAAAUGUUCUGGAGAUCCGACGGCGUAAAAUGAACCGUCACAAAUACAAGAAGCUGCUGAAACGUACAAAGUUCCUAAGGAGGAGAGUGCUGCAUGGCCGGAGGAAAAGGAAGCAGAAGCGCUUUGAAAAGGAUCUGGAGAGGAUAUGGACUCGAGCUGGACUAAAGAAGGCUCCAGAAGGAUGGACCACACCUAAGAUCUUCAUUAAACAACAAGGAAAUAAAAAUGACUGAAAACCUGAUUUAAACCCGCAAGCAAGGUUUUACAUAUCUGUCCCAAAGCAGACUUACACACCCCAGUCACACAAUACUGGUUCAUAUUACUCAAUACCACAGUACCUGGUGCUCUUCUGGUUUGAGUCAUCGGUGUACACUUUAACCUACCUCUGCACUCGCUGUGCCCAGGUAUAAACAGUCAAUAAAGAUAUGUGUGAAAUGUACAA